UGUAACUGUCUUGCCACUUGCUUCAGGCCUCCCCUCAUAAUGGCUAGUUACAGCUACAGGCAAUCCUCCUCUUCUGUCGGUGGUGGUGGGUUCGGCAGAGCUCCAAGCAUGCAUGGCGGAUCUGGUGGCCGGGGCGUCUCUGUCUCUUCCGCUAGGUUUGUCUCCUCUGCAGCUGGAGGAGGCCUAGGCAGUGGAUGUGGCGGAGGGCUGAGCAGUGGCUUUGGUGGUGGCUUUGGUGGUGGCUUUGGUGGCGGCUUUGGUGGCGGCUUUGGUAGCGGCUUCGGUAGCGGCUUCGGUGGCACCACUGGAGGUGGGUUCUGUGGCAACCUCAAUACCAACGAUGGCCUCCUUUCUGGAAAUGAGAAGAUAACGAUGCAGAAUCUGAAUGACCGCCUGGCAAGCUACCUGGACAAGGUCCGGGCACUGGAGGAGGCCAACACAGAGCUGGAGGUGAAAAUCCGAGAGUGGUACCAGAAGCAGGGGCCGAGUCCCACCCGGGACUAUAGCCCAUAUUACAAGACCAUCGAGGACCUCCGAGACAAGAUCCUUGCUGCUACAAUUGAAAACAAUAAAAUUGUCCUGCAGGUUGACAAUGCCAGGCUGGCGGCUGAUGACUUCAAAACCAAGUUUGAGACUGAGCAGGCCUUGCGCAUGAGUGUUGAGGCUGACAUCAAUGGCCUACGCAGAGUCCUGGAUGAGCUGACCUUGGCUAGAACUGAUCUGGAGUUGCAAACUGAAAGUCUGAAGGAGGAACUGGCCUACCUUAAGAAGAACCAUGAGGAGGAAAUGAGUGCUCUGUCUGGGCAACUGAGUGGCCAAGUGAGCGUUGAAAUUGACUCUGCUCCAGGCAUUGACCUCACCAAGAUCCUGGCUGAUAUGAGAGAGCAGUAUGAAUUGCUGGCUGAUAAGAACAGGAGGGAUGCUGAAGCUUUGUUUACUAGCAAGAUUGAAGAACUGAACCAAGAAGUUGCCGUCAGCACGGUACAGAUUGAGAGCAGCAAGACUGAGAUCACAGACCUGAGACGCACCCUCCAGGGCUUGGAGAUUGAGCUGCAGUCUCAGCUCAGCAUGAAAGCCGCCCUGGAAGGCAGCCUGGCGGACACAGAGGGUCGCUAUAGCGCUCAGUUGUGUCAGAUCCAGGGCUUAAUCAGCAACAUUGAAGCACAACUGAUAGAGGUGCGAUCAGACAUGGAGCGUCAGAACAGCGACUACAAGAUGCUGAUGGACAUCAAGUCCCGCCUGGAGCAGGAGAUUGCGACCUACCGCCAGCUCUUGGAAGGCCAAGACCAAUACUUCGCAGGAACUGGUUCAGGGACUACUGACAAACCGGGUGAUCCCAAGAGGCUCUGAAAAGCUCCCUCCGCUCCAAGCAGGAAUGAAUGAAAACGGCGCAAGACUUGGGAUGGGCAAUCACUGUCCGCAACAGAUGACAAUUUUACUAUUUCAAAAUCACUCGCAGUAGCUUCUUGAGCACGUAUUCCAGGUGGCUGAGGGCCAUAUGAUGGCUAGAUGAUUUGACUUUGCUCUUCUUGCUUUUACCUUUCUGUAUGGUGUUUCUGUUGCUGCCUAAUAAAGUUCCUUUUGGUU